GUCAGAUGGCUCUUUUGGGUCGCCUGGUAUGAUCUCCCGCCUAGGGACCCGCCCCGCAUGUGGUAUUUGCAAGCUUCUUACCACUGGAAGUCAACGUAUCACAUACUGUGCAGUAGUGGAUAUGGUAUAUUGGUAUCCCAAUUCCCAACUCGAGUUUUGUAUCGGUGUGCUUAUUUUACAGGUGAAUGAGAAUGUUUUCGCUGGGCAAAUCUGGCACUCGGUGGCACAUCGACAGCUUGGGAGUUGGAAGUUGGAGCUGGAAAAGAAAAAUUAGGUCCGGCCUCCAGUGACGUAACCAGUUCGAAGUUGCUGAAUGAAUCUAUUGGUUAGCUCAUGAUAUUUAGGGCAUUGCAGAUGCAGGUACUACUCUGGAUUGACGUCGUCGUUGCGCCGAUGCCUAUCGAUUCUGCUGCUGCAAGGUACGACGUCAGCAGUUCAGCACCAUUAAGAUUGAUGCCCGGCGCCUUGUGAGUGAUUGUGGCAGAGAAACUGCUCUGAAUUUGUGUCUUCUGGACGUGUUUAGCGAAAGAAAACGGUCAAGAGCCAACCACUGUCAGUAAAUGUGCUUUUGGAGCAGCCCCCGGACAGAGCCGGCUUACCUGCUUCUUCACAGUCCGUGCGGGUAAUCCAAGAAACAGAGACGAGCACACGCGGGGAUUGCAGAGGAAUUCCAGCCCAGUCCAUCCGAUGCUGCUGAUGCCUGCUGCUCUGUCUCUUGGUGUGGUGUUGGUAGAGGGCCCGCGUUCUGCGCCCCCUGGCUACAUACGAAAUCGGCAGCGUGCCCGGCGCCGGCGCAGCACCACCCUGCCUAGUGGACUGUGCGAGGCAUCUCUGCAACCAUGGGGGCCUCCUCCACCCUCGGAAAGUCAAACCCGCUCGAGCCUCGCGUGCCCUGGCCCUGGCCUCCCUCCCUCAAUCAGCAAGCGAACUCCAUCGUCCCCCCGUGCCUGCGCGUGUCCUCGCUGCAAUCCGUGGCAGACACGAGCUGCAAGCGCAGGCGUGAACGCUUCCAUCUCUCUCCGUUCACCCGCGCGCCACGCUACUCCGAGCCGCCCACCAUCAUCAAUCGAUCUCUAUCGAUCAUGGGUCGGGUCCGUGCGCUGUUGAUGAAGCGAUCCAGGUGAACUCGGAACCGGCCGUGCGACGGUGAGUCGAUCUUGACCAGAGAAGCAAGCUAGGCGAGCGGCGGCGCGCGCGGGCACGCCAUGGCAGGCACCGGAGGCACGCCGUUCCUGACCUCGCCCGCGACGGGGCGCGAAGCCUUCCAGUCCAAGGGGAAAGUCAGACACCUUUACAUCUUCUUUUAAAGCAAUACAGCUUACAUAUGGAAGGAGGAUUAAUAUUUCGAAGGGUUCAUGGCAGCUAAAUUAAACGCUUUCUUUGCUCUUUUUUUAAUGAUUUUACUCUGUUCUUUUCGGAAAUUAUUAUGUCAAAGCGAGUCGAGACCCCUGCCACGUUUCCGUUUUGGGGGCGUCCAUAGUCUCAAUAUCUCAUUACCCUAUAAUUCUGCACACACGCAGAUAAUGUACUCAAAUCUGGCACCGCACGGCCCCUUGAAGCUGUACCAUUUCAUCGUCAUCGUCACCGUGGUGCUGGCCUUCCUCUCGCAGCUGCCGUCGUUCCACUCGCUGCGGCACAUCAACCUGGGCUUGCUGAUCCUCAGCUUCGGCUACACCAUCCUUGUCUCAGCUGCCUGCAUUCGAGCAGGUGUGUCGAGCAACGCUCCAGCGAAGGAUUACUCGUUGAGCUCGUCCAAGUCAGAGAAGACCUUCAACGCAUUCCUUUCCAUCUCCAUCCUCGCCUCCGUCUUCGGCAACGGCAUUCUGCCAGAAAUCCAGGCCACGCUGGCGCCGGCGGUGGCCGGGAAGAUGGUGAAGGCGCUGGUGCUGUGCUACGGGGUGAUAUUCUUCACGUUCUACUUCCCGGCGAUCACCGGCUACUGGGCGUUCGGCAACCAGGUGCAGUCCAACUUGCUGCAGAGCCUCAUGCCGGACGAGGGCCCCUCGCUGGCCCCGACGUGGCUGCUCGGCCUGGCCGUCGUCCUCGUCCUCCUCCAGCUCCUCGCCAUCGCCCUGGUGUACUCGCAGGUGGCGUACGAGAUCACGGAGAAGAACUCGGCGGACGUGGCGCGCGGGCGGUUCUCGCGGCGGAACCUGGUGCCCCGGGUGGCGCUGCGGACGGCGUACGUCGCGGCGUGCGCGCUCGUGGCGGCGAUGCUGCCCUUCUUCGGCGACAUCGCGGGCGUGGUGGGCGCCGUGGGGUUCAUCCCGCUCGACUUCGUGCUCCCCGUCGUCAUGUACAACAUGGCGCUGGCGCCGCCCAGGCGCUCGCCCGUGUACCUGGCCAACGUGGCCAUGGCCGUCUUCACCGGCGUGGGGGUCGUCGGAGCCGUCGCGUCGGUGCGGAAGCUCGUGCUGGACGCCGACAAGUUCAAGCUCUUCAGCGACAACGUGGUGGACUGA